CGGUUUCCGGUUUUUAGGUUACCCUAUAAAUGGUUUUUUCUUUGUUUUGAUUUAAUUUUUUAUUCGAUAUUUUGAAAUAAUGUCUAGUUCUUCAUCUUCUAGUGAAAGUUCAUCGUCAAGUGGUUCCAGUGGAUCAAGUUCAUCUGGUUCUCGAUCUCGUUCACGAUCUCGUUCAAGGUCAUCUCGAUCUCGAUCUCGAUCACGAUCUCGGUCACGAUCUAGAUCUGCAUCAUCUUCUCGUUCAUCUUCACAUUCAUCUUCACGCUCAUCCUCACGUUCAUCUGCCUCUGGAGAUGGAGAUAAGCGUAAAUCUUCAUCAGCAAGACAUCGGAAAAGUCCAAUUCCUCGAGCUUCUAAGAUUCAUGUUGGCAGAUUAACUAAAAAUGUAACCAAAGAUCAUGUUUCAGAAAUUUUCAGUAUUUAUGGACCAAUUAGAAGUGUUGACAUGCCACCUGAUCGUAUACAUCCUCAUCUUUCCCGUGGCUUUGCAUAUGUUGACUUUGAGAAACCGGAACAUGCUGAUAAAUCAAUCAAAUACAUGGACGGUGGUCAAGUAGACGGACAAGAAAUAACAGUCAGUCUUGUCUUCUCACAGAAACCACGUGGAAACUACGGCGGACCUCCAAUGAGACGAGGAGGUGGCGGUGGAUGGGGACGUCGAUCUAUGCCUCGUCGUAAUCGAAGGUAUUCACGAUCACCUCCAAGGUACCGUCGAAAUCGAUCAAGGUCAAGGACACCACCGUAAUUCAUUCAUUUCAUUCCUUACAAAUACUCUCAUUUCCUCCCAUAGAAAUUGAAACAUUUUGAUUUUGUCGCAAACCAGAGACGCGAAAAUUAAACUUUGACAUUUAAUUUCUAA